CCUGGUCCCUCCUCUUCAGGCCAGGCCGGACUCCCCUCCACCAUUCCCAGCGCCUCCUACUGGCUCCAACCCAGCGAUGUUUCUCAAAGGCUUGAUGAUUAUCGGUCUACUCCUGAUUUGCCGCAGUCGGCUGAUACGGUGAUUGUGGGGUCGGGGAUCACAGGGGCGUUUGCGGCUUGGUUCCUGUUGGAGCAGACGGGGAGGACGAAGGUUGUUGUUGGAUCUGGAGCUGGAGCUGGGUCUGGAGCUGGGAAAGAAGAAGAAGAAAACAGCAACGGAGGCAUCCUAAUGCUCGAAGCGCGCCGACAACCCUGCUCCGGCGCCACCGGCCGCAACGGCGGACACUGCCAGCCUUAUGUCUACUCGGCAUCUACCCCGUCUAUAGCCGAGUUCGAGCUGGCCACUUACCAGUUCCUCAAGGCCUUUGUGGAGGAGCAGGGGAUUGCGGGCGUUGUGGAUUGGAGAACGCUAAGGGUUGUUCAUGCGUACUUGACGGAGGAGGUGUGGGAGGGGGCAAAAGCGUUGGUGGAAAAGUUGCCGGAGGGACUAAGGGACCAAGUGGAUUUGGUUGAUGAUGAGAUCAGAAAGGGGAAAGAGGGAGGAGAGACGCUGAGGGAUUUGAGAGUCCCGCGGGCGAAGGGGGCGGUGGUGCAGAAGCAUGCGGCGAGUUUGUGGCCUUGGAAGUUGGUGGUUUGGGUGUUGGAGAGGUUGUUGGAGAGGUUUCCGGUUAGGAAUGGUAGUAUGGGUGGUGAAGGGUUUAACUUGCAGACGAACACACCGGUUUUGGGAUUGGAAAAACUCGGCGAUGGCAGGUGGACAGUGAUAACGAGCAGGGGAAACAUCAGGGCGAACAGAGUGUUGUUGGCGAUGAACGGGUAUACGAGUAAUUUGUUGCCGGAGAUGAAGGACUUGAUCGUCCCGGUGAGGAGCCAAGUUGCGUCGUUGCGGCCACCGAAGGAUGCCGCCAGUGGGAAAGUGGCCGAGUUGGAUUACAGUUAUGCGUUUGUCAGUGAGGAGAAGUUUCCGAGGGAUGAGUAUCUCAUGCAGAGACCUUUGCCCGGAGGAGAGCUAAUCUACGGAGGAGCGAGAAGUCAUGCGGAGAACAAGGCGGUUGGAGUGUGGCAGGAUGAUGAAGUCGAGCGAGGCGUCGCGACAUAUCUGAGACAAAACCUGGCACCAUAUCCGUUGGAUCUGACUCUGGACAAAUCUGACUCUACGCCUACGGAUACCCCUAAGGAGGGAAAUGAGACUACAGAACUCGAGGCGACACAUCAAUGGACGGGGAUCAUGGGAUUCAGCAGAGACUCGAGUCCUUGGGUCGGACGGGUGCCGGAAAGCCUCGGCGGCGGAGAGAAUCUGUAUAUGUGCGCCGGGUACACCGGACACGGAAUGCCGCAGGCCGCAUUGGCAGCCCGGAUGAUUGUGGAGGAGAUCACGGGUAAACCAUUUGCGGAUGACGGGCUCAAGUUGCCUCAGGAGAUGGUGUUGACUGAGGAGCGAGUAAGGUGGGUGAGG